AUGGCGGACGAUAAUUCAUGGGUGUUCGAUUCGCUUGUGUGCUUUUUACACGGUCCUGUGUGGAAUGCUCCGUUGCAGACGUUCAUCGAGGAUAAAUCAAUCAUUUUUGAUCCGAACCUUCAACCGGACGAGGACAAUCCUGAAUUUCGCAGGGUGCACGACGAGUACAAGAACCUGGUGGACUACAUGCUUGGUUCGUUUAUGGAGGAGAUGCAGAUUACACCGGAGCAGUUUGAGUUCGCCUGUCUCGAGGGAAGACAUGUGGCCAGUCUCGGAGCGCGAGGAGCACGUGCCUCAUCCACAGAUCCUUCGUCUGGGGCCGAUGGCUCGGAUCAGUCUGGGAGCAGUACGUUCUCGUUCCACCAGGGUUUGUUUCAGCAGAUAUGGGCCGCGAACGAUAUUCGUAUCUUCAUUCGCAUGAUGGUGCAGCGCAAUGUGGAGCUACAACUACAGGCGCUGGAUUUGAUUGAGCGGCAAUCGCAAGGACACGCUCGUACCGAAGUUGAAUCCGACUCGGAAGUGCCACUAUUUGACGCAAAAGAGUUGACUGCGGAUGUUCAGUCCACGGAGUCCAACAUGGUACGCACUAUUGAACAGGAUAUAGUUCAAUCAGUGGAAAAUGAAUUGAACGAAUCUGGCCGUGGCUAUCCUGCAUUGGAACAUGGAGGACAUGGAGAGACGGAUAAAUUUCAGCGACUAAAUUUGUUCUUCGACCAAGAGAAGAUCAACGCCAACGACAUGAAAGCACGUCAGGAGUACUUGCGGUCGCAGCGCGACAAGAUUCUCCACAUCAAGAAGCAAGCCCGGGCGCGUCAGCUCAACGAAACGAUGCGCAAAAGCGAAAGACCAACAUCAGCUCAGGUUGCGCAAAAGUUUCUUGACGGUGAAACAGAAUCGGUGUCAGUCGAGCCACCGGAAGGGUCACUUCAGCUACGGAAGAUGCUAGCCCAGCGGCUGCGAGAAGAAGUUGUGGUAGACAAGGAAUGAUCUGGGUUUAAAGGAUAUUGUUGCUAACAGAAAUUCUGCGGGUGGGUGAAAAUAAAUGCCGGACCCAUAAAAGCAUGAAACUGUAAGCUAUG